UGUAGCUUUUCAGCCUUGUAUAAAUGAUAAAUGAUAAGUAGUCGAGUAUAUACAUGUAGUAGCUUUAUUAUGCAAGACUAACACUCAAGACUGUUUCAGACGAUGCUUACACUAUCCCCAAGACUUUGAAGUAUUAUAUUGUGGACCUACAGUGACCUGGAUCUCCAACACAACUGAUCAGACACUCAUCAAUAUAUUUAAACAAACACACAAUCAAGUGCCUGCAGCUUCUCUACAAGAGCCUGUCUGGUUGAAAUGGCCAAAUCGUACUUGAGAAGCCCUGACUCCUACCCCAAUGGACGCACUCCCCUCACACCCAGUCAGCCACCAAUUGGCCCACUUCCAAUCAUUCAACAAUCCGACGGAGGUUUCAUUCUCCCAUCUCCAGCCACGCCCCCAGAGGCAGUAGAAGAUUUCUCUGAGCAAGAUCAGCUGUUGAAACUGUGCGAGCAGCUCAAAGGGCAAAGCUGUACCGUAGCGGUGUGGUAUCCAACUGGAGGGGACAAACUCCUAUGUGAAAGGAUUGCUAUUCGACUGAGAGAGCAUUUGUCCGGGAGGACGGCUCGGGUUGAAGUCAUAGAAAUGAAAAAAGAUGGGCAGCUCUGGGUCAGUAUAGCGACUGCUAAAGGAGUCAAUUAUCACGUCUUUGUGGGACUUCCCCCUCUGAGGUCUCGCGUGUUUCAGCGACAAAACAGCUCUGCGCAAGAGGAGGAGUUUUUCUUGCCCCACGGUAACAAUGGACAUCGUGUCUCCGAGGUUGUUUUUAUAGACACUCAGGCAACCACACCCUCUCAGCGGUCAUACCAGCCCAAGCAGGUUAAGGGCUUCCUGCAUCUUGACGCCCGGGGUGACAUUGAGGAGCUGGUAAAGAAGAUACUGGGACACUUUGGAGCUUCCCAGCCCGCUCCCUACGCUAUUGACAACGCCUACUGGAGCAAAAUGCCCAAACUCAUCAAUGUUACUAAGGACCGCUCGUCCCUAGGCAUCACCCUCGUCACCAGGGAGAUGUGCCCGGAUUCGGCCUUCCCACGGAUAGCACUCAUAAAAGCGCUCAACGAUGACUGCGUGUCUGACCUGAGGCGGCGAGUGGGACGCUACACGCACAUACAGUCUAUAAAUGGCUGCUUCUUGGACGGCUACUCCAUUAAGGGAAUCUCCACCAUCUUUCAGGCUGAGACAAAGAGGGACAGUGUUCAGCUCAUGGUGAGGUUUAUUCACUCCAAGAAAGAGAAGCCUCAACUACCACCUCUUCUAGGAGAAUUGAGUGUCCUGGACCCCACUCGUGAGGACCUCCCCGUUCCCCUCUUCAUUCUCUCAGACAGCUCUAACAUGGCCUCCCGCCUCUUUGGCUACCUCACUACAGAUCACGGCCCACGCUCCUCCCUCCACCCACCCUCCUCCAAACACACCUCCGCCAUCUCCUAUGGCAGUGACGUCUCCGAUCCAAAAUUCGAAGAUCAAAAUGGAAGCUUUACAGAAGUAAACAAUGACAUCGAAGCAUCUCCCCUCAAGAAAGGACAGAAGCCAAACAAGUUGUGGUUUCAAUUCGACUCGGACAAGAGCAUGCGAAGAGGCUCUAUAUGUUCCAAUUAUGCGAAUUUCGAAACUAUUCCCACCACCCCUAUUAACCAAAAACCCCCCCGAAUGAUGCGAAUGACCUCCGUGAGGAAUACUGCCAGUAGACACUACGUUCCUCAAAUGUUCAACUCAGGUUUUGAGCGUCGUUUUGCUCACAUUUAUCUACGCACAGCUGGGCUCUACCUCGUAACCGGAUCGCUCAAAGAUCUCGCCGACGACCCACUCAUUCAGUUUGAAAACCUCUCGUUCUGGCUCCGCCUUAUUCAGCAGGGAACGGUGGGGGAGGAGAAACGGACCAUCAUUGUCGGGAUGUACGAUAGUCGGGAGGAGGAAGACUUGCCUCAGAUCACAGAGUACACGGAUAUUCUGAGCGAGGCUUUGCACGAGAGCGAUCUCAACAAGCAGCUGUUUGACCUGAAUCAGUACAAGCGGCCGGCUAGCGGGAACCAUAGCUACGUGUUCAAAUUCGACAUGGCCCAUCCAGUGGAUAGUUGUAUCAAGUUGUACUCGCGUCUGGAGCAGUGUAUGGAUUUGUUUGCCGAGAAGACUUUUCGAUUUUACCCCGAGUGUUUCGAGAGAGUUUUCAAAGCGUUUGAUGGUUUGAACGUGGCCCUGAGGGAGUUGGCCUACAUGGAGAAGAUAGUGGCCUCCUCUGAGGACCUGAAGACACUCUGUAAGCAGAAGACAGGAUAUGCCCUCGGGACGUUGAAGGCGUACUCACCGUCCCUCAUCAAUCCCAGCGUACCAGAUGCUCUGCUCAAGCCUCACUUCCUCAUUGAGCUCAUGACCCAGCUGGGUUCCAAUCUCUCUGAUGACGAUGACGCAGCUGCACAAGUCUAUCAGGUCUACCACGUCACAAACAAGUACCUGAAGCCCCUCCCAGUUGUAACCACCCCCUGGCCCGGCUAUGUCAUGGAGAAUAUUGCACGUACAGUCAGCAAGUUCCCGCUAAACGAUUCAGAGAAAGAGGUGGUAGUUCGAUGGGCGGAGACUCUCGGUCUUAUGUUCAAGAUUGAGAGUGAUGGGCCGAAAGUAGAGACGUACUAUUUCGUACCGUCCCUAGCCACCAACAUGAUGGGAGAUCAUGCCAAGUUCCACUGGAGUGAGGAGAAAGAAGCGUACUAUCGAUGCAAAGACGCUACUGUACUAUACGCGUACAUCCAUUUCCCAGCCAACCACCAGUUCUUUGAUCGACUACUAGCUGUGCUCAUUAAGGAGGGGUUCGUGAAAAGGACGGAUCUCUUCCUCAACCGAGGCUGCAUGGAAGCCAUUUUGCCCCUCUUUCUGAAAGACCACAGUCCUCUGACAGUGAUGAUCAUCUACCACCCACUGCAGAAUGUCAUAGAGUUCAGAUCAAGAAUUCAUGGCUCCAUGAAACAGCCGUUCAAAAAUGCCGUCCUGAAUAAACUGGACACAGCUUUCUCCUCCUCUCAAUUCCACACACUCAUCAACUUUGCCGACGCCAUUACCCUCCAUGUUCCCUCCAAAUCCUAUUCUGACAAACUGACCAAAAGCGCUCUCUGGAAGCUCGUAGAAAUGGAGAAUGAGAACAAGGAUGAGGAUGAGGAUGAGGAUGAGGAUGAAAAGCUACUCAGGACAGAGGAGCUCAAUGCAUCCACUUGGGAACUACAUUACGAGCAGAGGAGAGAGAUUCCACCUGAGCUGUUCCUACGCUGGACCCGGGUAUUGGGUUCCAACUACGAUCACUGGAGCUUGGCGGGCUCCAAACUCAAACUCCUCACGACCGAGGACAUCAACUUCAUGCGAACCAAUAUCCCACGAGGAGGGGGCGGGGCAGAGGUGCUCUCUAGAUGGAAGGAGAGCGAUAUCUCUGUCCAAGAAUUAGUCCGAGUUCUGAAGGAGGUCGGCCAAGUCAGAUUAGGCAUUGACAUUGAGGAACAUUUUUUGCCCGGUUCAGAUGUUUAAUUAAUGGACUCUCUUGUUUGUGCCUUAGUGUAUGUUUUUGAACUGCAAUAGCACGUUGUUUAGCUCUGUCUGUCAGCUGUAAUCACGCAACACAACAACAUAUACAUUUUUGUUUAUAUAUAAUUAUGCAUGUACAUCAAUGAUUUGCCUCACACACAUGUUUUUAUUGUGUGGAAACAACAA